AUAGCAUCUUCCACGGUUGUAAGUUGACUGUGCCCAGACCUUUGGCGAGGCUCUGCAGAUUUCUAGAAUCAACGCGAUAGCUGCGGACAAGGUGCACAUAGACUUUGGAAGUACUGUAAGUUGAAGACGCGAAAGAAGAGUAGUCUUUUUGAGAGAUCGUAAUGUAUGAGAAGAGAGUAAUUGCCUGGACUAGUUCGCGCUUCUUAUAGGAUGACGGAGAAAUACUACUCUAAAGCAUUAACUUCCUCGGCCUAAGGGCUGGUGCUGGAUCUAGCACCCCGCUAUGACGUUGACAAUCUCGAACGAUGGACCUCGUGUUCAUCAGGCGAGAAACCUGUAGCAUGUAUUCAUAAACAUCCUUCCAUAUACUACGAGAAUGACUUUCCAACAAGAACUCAAGUCGUGGUGGUCUCCUACCAAGGUGGAAAUUAGUCCAGUGCCAGCCCCAGGGCAGCAGGCUCCGUCUACGGAUCGACUGCCAAUCCUAAGCUCCGGUGGCAAACCGACAGUCGUGACUUUCUUGAGACAUUGCGGUUGUCCUUUUGCGGAAAAGACCUUCAUCUCCCUGCGCAAGACCGCAGAAGCUCAUCCCGAUAUGCGAUUCAUCGCAGUUUCACACAGUGACCAGGAAUCUACGGAUAAAUGGCUGAACGCUGUAGGCGGCGCCGAUAGGGUCAAUGUCAUUGUGGAUCCAGAUAGAGAGCUGUUCGGGCGGUGGGGGCUUGGGGUUUCGAGCUUUAUGCAUGUGCUGAAUCCCGCUGGUCUGUGGUCGGUCUAUCGCUUGGGAAAGGAGGAGAAUAUCUGGAAUAGGCCUACGGAGAGCGGCUCAAGAUGGCAGACUUCUGGGAGCUUUGCUGUGGAUGGAGAGGGGAAGGUGAAAUGGGGAGGGCCAGCGCAGCGGGCGGAUGAAAUUCCUUCUUUUGAGGAGGCUGUAGAAUUAAUUUCGAAGUAG